CCUGAACUAAACUCAAUGGUUCUCGAUCCCAGGGCACCGCUCCACCUUGUAGAUCCGCACUGCCGAUCACCGCCAGCUGUUGUCUGGAGUGUUCUUACAUUCACACGUGUACAUACACCCGCCAAAUGAUUUUUUGUGAGUUUUUGAGUGCAAAAUCGGUUCGUUCUUCACUGAGAAUCAUUAGCCGAUCCUAACACCAUGGAUCACUGGAGAUACCCAGCUUAAUUGUGAUUGCUCCUCUUCUGAUUGUGUCUUACUGUGAAUUUGGCUUUUAAGUGAUCAUCGAGAGAUUGUAAUUACGCAGAAUAGAAUGGAAAUGACGAGGACAGUUUAUUUUCGAGAUUUCGAUUGCAGUUUUGUAACAGAUUAAAUCCUGGGCAACAAAUGUUUGAACACUUUGUCUCCUAAUAUCACUCAUUAUUCGAAGAAUCUAGUAUUUGCUCUGAUAAAAAACUAUCAUGUUUUGUCAUGUCCCGUUCCUCGCUUACCGGAGUAAUUCAAUCAAAAAGUGCAAUUAUCUUGCAAACAAUUGAUUUUAAAACAAAUAAUGAUUAUACCCUUUUUCUUGGUGAUUAAAUUGCCUGCAUAAAAUCCUUUAACACAUUUUUCUUCAGAACCAUUUCUUGCUGAGAUAAUUGACAGUGAACAAUAUACGAGAAAAAUGUAAUUGUUCUGUUCCAUUUAGUUCUGCUACGUUUUGCAAUUUCACGAGGAAGGAAAAUGCAGUUUGUACAUUUAUAUUUGUGAAUCAAUAACGUGAUGAAGGGUGUUCCACCCAGUCAGUGAGGUCAAGGAUCUCCUCCAUUAUCAUUAACCAAGUGAAGUGAUUGUCACUGUCCACAAUGAAGGACGACAGUUCAGAGACACGUGAGAAUAACUCGAGUGAUUUGUCAUCAAAGAGACCCUGUCACGAGCACGGUGAUGACUGUCCUAGUGAGAACGAACGGGAAUUCGAAUCACUCGAGUACGAGGAGGACGUCUAUUACUCGAAAUUAGCUGCAACACCUAGUUUCGAUGAUAUCGAUGAACUCAGUAUCAGUGAGGAGAUAGUUAUGCAUUGUUGGAAAGAUUCUAAUUGUGAACUUGAUGAAAUUGUCGUCGAUGACACGGAUCUCAUUUUUGUCGAGGGAAAGGAGGGGAGUAGAAGGAUGAGGAGAUCUAUUAGGAUUAUUUUUCAGGAAUUGUCCAAGUCGUAUUUGGAGAAGAUCAGCAGGGGACAGAGGAGACUUAUGGAACGCCUGAAAGGAGAGGACGCUCUGCACUCGGGAUUAAACUCGGGAUUAAAUUCACCGUCGAUGGAUAAUAUUGCGAAUGAGCUUGCGGGGAUGACGCCCGAGCAGCAGGAGGAACAGAAGGAGGAGUGGAGACGCGAAUUAGCCAAGGUAGAAGAAGAGAUACAAACCCUGAGACAUGUACUAUCAAGCAAGGUCAGAGUGUCACAGGAGUUGAAACGUAAGUUAGGGAUCACUGUCUGGAAGGAUAUAACGGACGACGUUAAUCAGGGUAUUCGCAACGUCAAGGAAAGCCAGGUUUAUCAGAACGUCGGUGAGAAACUCGGUCACUUCACCAGGGCGGUCUCCGAAAACAGUUUAUUCCAGAGAACAGAGUCAGUGUGCAAACAAGCUGCUGGACUCACCACCAGUAUUUUAGGCGGUUUCGGCAGUGGAAUUACAAUGAAACUUGGGCAGAUGCGUAACUCCGACAGUUUCCGAUCACUCGAGGAGAAAGUGGGAUCUGCCUAUGAAAAUGUGAAGGGCAAAGUAACUCCAUCGAGAUCAGCAUCAACCCAGAGCUUCGACGAGGCCCUGAGGGAGGCAGAGGCCUCCAGACGUGCCUCUGGAGUCCCAUCAGUUGCCACAAGCCCCACAAUUCCCGAAGAGAAACCAUUGUCAUAGAGUUUGUCCAACAGUCGGCCUUUGACCCCACAAUGCGACAAUAACAACUAUUCACCGUAUGGAAGUAAUACAUGGGUCGGUCGUCUCGUUCAUUACUACUACUGUUCACACUGUAACACGUACUCGAGGUCCAAUCAUAAUAUAUAACGAGCUUUCGAACUCUCAAUACCGAAGCAUUAAUCCGUGAGUGGAGAAUAUCGAGAAUUUGAGAACUUUAUCAAUUAAACGUGCUUUUUAAAAAUCUAAACGUGACGCUGAUGCAAUGAUUAUGGUCAUUAUCCUGACAAUACAAUCUACAAGAGUUUUGCAAGGGGAGGAGGAAUCCUGGUUAUAGGAGUGGGAACGGUCAACUUUGUUGAGAAAAUGAGGGCUUUUUUCACGGGGAAAAUCCAGCGAGAAAAUUUCAAUGGAAAAUCACUGAGCACUGUUAAGUCUUUCAAAUAUAUAUCUAAUCAGUUUUUAUGUCAUUGAGAGGAAAACAUUAUACUUUGACCUAUUAGUUUCGAUUAUUCAAGAAUAACUGGAGCGGGACCGGUUUUUCAUAUUUUUUUAUGAACAAUUGUUGAUGAUGAGAAACAUUAGUAGAUUUCGUUCGACGCAAAAUCAAUCAAUUGUUGCAAAAUUUGAUGUGUGGAUGACACAUCUCUUGAAAUUAACCUUGGAAAUUCGAGAUUGUGGGAAUGCUUGAAGAAUUACAAAAAUAUGAAGAAUCGACUCGCAGAACUUUUUAUUUCUUCACCAUUUUACAGUUAAUGUUUAAUUUUCCUUCUAGAAUUCAAAAUAACAUCAAUUUAUAGUAAUGGGAUAUCGAGUAUCUCUCUGUGCAUAAAACAAUGCGAUAAGUUAAGCUUUGGGAAUUCAGAAAGUGUGACGAAUUUUAUAAAUAAUUCCCCGCUGUUGAGAUUGGAUCCGACAAUCGGGAGUUCAUUCCUUCAUUUCGGUUUUGAAUUAUUCACAAAUAUAUAUAAACAGGUGUACUUACGACACGUAGUAUAACUGAUCUAUUCGGCUUUGAAGAUGAAAAUUUGAGUUACGUUUAUUCUCCUUCUUUUAUAGAUUUUAAGGUUCAAGAUGUUUAAUACAAUUGCAUCUGUCCACCUGGCGAAUAAUGUCUGCCAAUGUAAUCCUUAUUCUUACUGGUAAAUAAAUUAUUUCAUCAAAAUAA